AUCUAAAACCCCGUUUACACUUUGUAUCUAGCUAAACCCUAGUGAGCCGGCUAAUUAACUGACUAAACCAAAAAAAGAGAGAAAGCAGCGCCAUUUUUCAUGGCUCAACGACGGUGCUUCCGAUCACUGGCCCGCCACGCCACGACUCUCAUUUCUCUUAAAAUGACGCCGUCUCUCUCCACCCUCGAAGUCCUAAUCCCAAAACCAAAUCCUGCAAUAACCAUCCCCAGUUUGGAACCAUCAUGGUUUAACCUAUGGUCCCACUCUCGUCACUUCUCGUCCAGCAAAAGCGACGACAGCGAUAACGAAGUCGAAAUGUUAGAGCUCAGCAAUGGAGAAGCAGAGAACGACGAGGCGCAGUCGGAUUUGGAUAGAGAUUAUUCUCCUGAGGAGAAGGAGGCGGAGGCCGCAGCUAUUGGGUACAAAGUGAUGGGCCCUCUCCAGCCGUCCGACCGGGUAUUCAAAGAGUAUGAGCCAGUUUUCGCAGUAGUUCAGAUUGGAUCGCAUCAGUUUAAGGUGAGCAAUGGGGAUUGUAUUUUCACGGAGAGGUUGAAAUUCUGCGAAGUCAAUAACAAGUUGAUUUUGAACAAGGUUCUCUUGCUAGGCUCACCUACCCAAACAAUUAUUGGUAGGCCUAUACUCCCAUAUGCAGCUGUUCAUGCUGUUGUUGAGGAGCAUGCAUUAGAUGCUAAGGUGAUUAUUUUUAAGAAAAAGAGAAGGAAGAAUUAUCGUCGAACCAAAGGUCAUCGUCAGGAACUGACUAAGUUGAGAAUAACUGAUAUACAAGGCAUUGAAAAACCAGAAAUCAAAACCGAUUGGAAGCCAUUAAGGGCAGCUGUUAAGAAGCCAGAGAAGAUUGCUGCCCCUGUUUAAGAGAGAUAUUCUCCCCCUGUUUGAGUGGUGAUUGUACUCACCUUCCAGAUAUGGUCUAUGUACAUUUUGGAUAUCCUGUGAAGCAAAAUUUUACCAAACCACCCAGGUACCCAUCAUGGCAUUGGAUUUGUCCACCCAUGCAUUUCUACACCGAGUGAGAAAAGAAAUAUGCCCAUGCUAAAUUUUUGUUGAUUGUAUUUCUUGCUCCUUUAUUUUUAUUAAGUAGUACAGUUCACUAAUUUCCAGUUGAAACAAAUUUUGGUUCCCAAUUAUCAUAAGAGAAAUUCCUAGAUUUUUAAUCCUUUGAAUCUCUUAGAUUUACUUGAAAAUGGGAUCUCAAAACAAUGGCUGCAAAGACUAUCUA